ACCAGGGACACUGAGAAUUCUGCAUUGCUUGAGAUUGCUCAGUGAUAAUCUAACACGAUUUUAUGGGAUUAUUUGAUAGUACUGAUCCUAAAAUGCCUCAUUUGACUGAUUGUUCUUACUAUCAGGUCCAGACUCAUUUGGAGAACCCAACAAGGUAUCACAUUCAACAAACUCAGAGACAUCAAGUGAAGCAGUACCUUACCCUGGAUACGAAGCUGUCUAGCCAAACUUUGUCUCUAUCCCAUUCAAUCCAUUCUUCAGGGGCAACACCUAUAUUAAGAAGUGGGCAUAUGCCUCCUACCAGCGAUAUCAGCACUCCUGGAAGCCCAGUGAUGAAGUUACUAACUCUUGGAGGAGAACAUGAAAAUGCGAUGGAAGAUGUUAUUGAUGACAUAAUCAACAUGGAAUCAAAUUUUAAUGAUGAAGGGAUAAGUUGCUCUGAAGCACCAUUGCUUAUGCAAAGAACUCUUUCAAGUAGCCUUCUGGACAUAUACAACAGUGACCAAGGAAUGCCAGCUGCUAAUAUGGGUCUUACCAAUACUUCCUGCUCAUCUAGUUUGCCAGUUAAAAGAGAACUUACAGAAACAGAUACACGAGCAAUGGCAAAGGAGAGACAAAAAAAGGAUAACCACAAUCUCAUUGAAAGAAGAAGAAGGUACAACAUUAAUUACCGGAUCAAGGAGCUUGGCACACUUAUCCCAAAGUCUAAUGAUCCUGAUAUGCGCUGGAACAAAGGAACUAUUUUAAAAGCAUCAGUGGAGUAUAUCAAGUGGUUACAAAAAGAACAACAAAGAGCCAGAGAAUUAGAACAUAGACAGAAGAAAUUAGAACAGGCUAACAGGCGACUUUUGCUUCGAAUUCAGGAGCUAGAAAUACAAGCCCGAGCCCAUGGCCUGCCGGUCAUGUCUUCUAUCAGCACUGUAGACUUGACAUCUCAUGUUAUGAAACUGCCAGCAUAUCCAGAAGAGAAUUCAGUUGACUACUCUCAACAUCUUCCCGUGGCCCACGAGCUGCACUCUGACCUCGGUGACACUGCUGCCGCCUUUUCUGACCCACUCUCACACUUCACAGAUUUGUCUUUUAGUGCAGCUUUGAAAGAACAAAGAUUGGACAAAAUAUUGCUAGAUGACACCAUAUCGCCUUUUGGGACAGAUCCACUCUUAUCUUCUGUAUCUCCUGCAGUGUCUAAGGGGAGCAGCCGAAGGAGCAGCUUUAGUUCAGAUGAUGGAGAUGAUGUAUAACACAGGAAAGACUCCAUAGUUACAUUGUUGUUGUUGCCAUUGUUUAUGGUUUUUUCUUUUACUUCCUUGGUGCUGGAAUAGUGUUGCUGCUCAGUUCAAUUAAAGAAACAGUAAGAGAUUGUCAAUAGAACCAGUUCUGUAAUGUGCACUUUAAAGUGGUGCAUACAUCAUAGGAAAAGGAAAGCUGGAAUACAAAACUGAGCUUGGAGAAAUUCCCUACUUAGCAGACUGAAAUAGGGUUUUUCAUAUACAGCUGUGAAAUCGUUACUUAAAAUGUGGAGGAAAAUAUUCAACUUAUUACUUUACAUAGCCCAAAAAACAACAUCUUUUUAGUAUAUGGUGUUCUUCCGAAGCAGUGUUUUUUUAAAUAAACAUUUUAUAAUUGCCAUUCUUGAUGAAUUAGUUAUAUAAACAUAUAAAGCAUUAUUCCAGUGGUGCCAAGGGAAUAAACCAGUUAUUACUAUCUUGGAAAGAGCACUGCUGUCCUACUGGCAUCUACAAAUAGCUUUCCCAUUUUAAGAGGAGUUCACUAUUGGCUUACUUCAAUGCUGAAGGGUUUAUAGGCAUGCAUAUUGGGACAUAGACAAAUUAUCCUUCUAUCAGGUGUGGUGUUUGCCAGCAGGAAUUUUGUGGAAUUUCUGAUCAAAUUACAAUGCUAAAAACUCUGUUUUUCAGUAUAGGAAAAAAAUCCUUCUUUCAUAAUUUCAGAUGGGAUUAGAUAUAAAGAAAAUCAAAGAGAGGUAGUUAUAAGGAUUAAAGAGACCAGAAGAAAGUAUGCAAUAAUGAAUCCCUGCAGUUUCAAGAUUAUGUGUUCUACAUCUUUUAAGGGUGCAAAAAGCAGUAAAUUUAAUGCAGAAGCCCUUCUUCUAAUCAUUAGUGGCAGAAAAAAUGGGAUUACAAAACCCUUUCCUUUCCAUGAUGAUAAUUUCAGGGAAAUAGUAUGUUAGAAAUAUAGUUUGUAAACUUUGCUAUCUUAUACUUUCUUAUAUACUGCCUGAGUAUUUGGAAUGGUACAAAAUCUGUCACCGUUGCUAAAACUUUAUGCUGUACUGACAAUAUACCAGCAGCAAGGAUGAGGGACAAUUCCAGUGUAUAAAAGAGAAUCUUUCUUUUGAUAUUUUAUUAAUCUAGAUUUACUAUCUGAAAGGUAAAGUCAGUUGACCUUGGAAUUGCAGUGGAUUAUUAGGGUAACUAUAUGCUUUAUGGGGGUAAUACACUUGUAAUGGAGGUUCACAAAACAUAUAGAUUGAUGAAGUAAUUGAGAUUUAGCAGUAAGAGGGCAUGGGUUACUCACAUCAUUUUUUGUAUCUCAUAAGGUUCUGGAAAGUAUUGUGGGUUCCUGGAGUGAACAAAUAGAAUAAUUGUACUUCAAAUACUAUCAUAUGUCAGGGAAGGUGCUGGCACACAUUUCCCCCAACUUUCCUCAAAGAAAAGUUAAGUGAUGUUUAAAAAGAACAGAGAAAGAGAGUGCACGGCAGAGAUAGAAAUAAAGAUACAGAGUUAGACCCAGACAGUUUUAAACUAACUUUGCAUGGAAAUCUAUUUUUAAACACCAGUGGACAAGUUCUUAAUGGAGAGAUAUAAAUUAAAUAUGAACCAGUUACAUGUUUUUCUCUUUCCAUUUCUGUGGAGGUGCUUGAUUAUUACUUUGAAUGCUCUUGACUUUUUCAAGAAAAACUCAAAUUUGCUUGCAUUUCUGAAACAAGACAGUACAGUGUGCUUUCGUCAAUGUUUUGAAUGCUCAUUUGCAUUUUUUGUAAAGGACUUCCAUUAUGAAAUGCUAUCCUACUGACUUUGGAAUUAUGUGGUAACCAUUUGGCAGGGCAGCUAUUCAAUGCUGACGGAAAACCCUAAUAAUGUUUGGUCAUACUCAUGUUUGACACCAAUCUCAAAAAUAAUUGCUGUGCAAAUUGCGUUAAGUAUCUGUAUAGUGCCUUUGGCUACAGGAUUUUGUUAUUUCACUGACAAUCAGCACCUCACAUGAUCAAGCCCUGGGAGAUCUCAAAUUGAGCUUUUUAUAGCAGAGAUGGAGUUUUCCAUCUUAGUUCAUGGAACAUUUCCAUGAAUGGGAAAAGAAGGUAGACUGGAUUAAUAUUUGAGUGUAUGCUACAAGUGUCAUUUAUAGGAAAUAUGUCCAAAAGGCUUCCAAUGCAGCUUUAAUCAAGUCUUAUAAUAGGCAUGUGCUCUUCAUAUGGCAAGGCCACAGGAACUUAUCACUAUAAUAUUCAUUGGAGCAGGAAGGAUAGAUACCCCCCCCCCUUUUUCCUCUAAUAGUUCAGGACUCACCGUCUUCCUCCCAUAUACCUGAAGCAGUAAACUCAUCAUUAUAUAAAAAGAAGAGGAAUUGAAAUAUUGCAAUCUUGUUUAAUUUAUGAAAUGAAUAUAGAUGCUCCUUGGACACAUAAAAAAGACCCAAACCUUCAAGUAGUUUAUGGUCUGCAGUGUAGAUAUGAAAUGUUCAAAUAAGUGAAAACACUGAAAAAAGAAGAAUGCCGUUGCUUUAUAUUACAAAGGACUGAGACUAAUUCAGUCACUUAAUCUUAACAAGAACACUGUUAUUAUGAUGCAUUUGACUGUUACAGGGCUGUAUAUAAAACAGGGAAUGUAAAAUUAUUGUAAUUUAAAAUUAUGUUAUGCCUUUUAGAUCAGUGAAGACAUUUACAUUGCUGUUGUGAGGCUGUAGAGUCAUUUUAUAGUAAUUGCUAUUUUUCACUGUUAAUACAAUUGCUUGUUUUCUAAGUAACUGUACGCAACAAAGUAUGCUUUAUUACAAAUCUUUAUGCAAUCUUUUAUUAAACCACUUUUAAUAUGGGCUCAUAUUUAUGUUUAUUAUAAUAGGAAUACAAUUAUCCACUGUGAAGUAAAGUAAAUCUUGAUAUGGUUA